AUGGCACGUAGAAACUUUGGCACCCAAGUAACAGCACUUGUUGUAGAUGACAAUGCACUGAACCAAAAGAUUCACCAAAGGCUGCUGGAGAGUGUUGGAGUGAGAAAUGAGGUGGUGACAAAUGGGAAAGAAGCAGUGGACAUUCAUUGCCAUGGAAAAAGAUUUGACCUCAUUCUCAUGGACAUGGACAUGCCUAUCAUGAAUGGCAUUCAGGCAACAAAGGAACUUCGUUCAAUGGGCAUUGGGAGCAUGAUUGUUGGUGUGUCAUCACGUUGUCCCGAAACAGAAAUACGAAAGUUUAUGGAAUCAGGGUUGAAUGACUACCAUGAGAAACCCUUGAACACUGCUAAGCUUAACUCAAUUCUUCAUAAGAUGAACCCUAAUUUUACCAGUAAUAAUAAGUGA